AAAUGUUUAUAAAAUGCAUUUUUCAGUUAUGGUGGUGCUGGGGUAACGUUACCCUGGCACCCCAGCAGAAAUUUUGAUUUUUCUUAGGGAAAUAUGUAGUUACAAAUUCUUAAAUUGUUGGUACAAAUUGGUACAAAUUAUAGUACAAUUAAUCGUUAAAAAAUAAAUAAAAAAAUCGGACUUUGGGGUGCCAGGGUUACCCACCUAAAAACAUGGCAUGCAGCGGCAGCACAUGCAGCAGCUGCAGAAAAGAAUCAGGAUCAGCAAGGACGAUUUUGGAGAUCAGCCGUCGUCGGAGGCCCGUGAUAGACAGCAGUGUCCGCUCCGCUGUGGUCGGAAGCAAGUGGCUGGGAGAACCGAACAAGAAAGAGUGCUGCAGAUCGAGAGGCGUGUGCCUGAGUUGGUGUCGGCACGGGAGAUGCUGACAACCGUGUCUAAGAUGAUCGCGGAGGAACUAACGGAAGUGAUAGUGAAACUGAAUGGGAUUCACAGAAAAAGCUGGCAGCGCCAGAUCAGCCUAACCAGUGUCCAAAUAAAAAAUACUACGAAAUAGAAAGACAACGUCAUAUUAUUACCAUACCUACGAUUGACUGGCGAGCUUCCACUACCCAACGAUAUGCUCGCUGGAAUUCUUGAAGCCGUGUCGCGCUUCUUGGAACUGCCGUCACCGUCAAGCUUCUUAUCCUUCGAUCAGUUUCACCGUCACCACCAAAAGUUCUUCCUGCUCCUCCUGUAAAUUGUAUAAUAUUUAUUACAAUGUAAGUUAGCUAUAUUCAAUAAAUGAGACAAGCUUGUACUGUUGAGAAGUCGUUCUAGCCUUAUAUUUAUGUAUUGGUGGCCACAAGCGUUUACUGGCCACAUGAGUCUGUCGAAAAAUUCCAAAAUGUCAAAGCUGUCGUAUAUGGUCACACUCGUAGCAGUUAUUGUCUAUAUAGUAUUUAUCGUUCUUAACGUUCUAAUGUUUUAGGUGGUCCGAGUAGAUCAGAUCGCGAGGAUAUGACUUCGAGUAUAGCUGCACAGACGAAAGUCAUUUAUAUUAUGCUUUACCUGUAUGCUAGAAUACUUGCGGAUUAGUGGUAUUUACCGGAAUGCAGGCUCACGGUAUGCACACACAAUAUUGUCUCUGAAAUAAU